AUGACAUCCAAGCAGCAAUUGAUAAGUAUGUAUGCCGUUCUCAAAAUUGAAGACGCCGCAAAAGAGUUGGGAAUGGGGACGACUGCUCUUAAAAAGAGGUGUCGACAAUACGGUAUACAUCGCUGGCCGCACCGACAGUUGAAGAGUUUAGACAACCUCAUUGAUGCACUAGAGAAGCUCACAGAUGACAGUACAGGUGACAGUACAGACGCCAGUUGCAUAGAGACCGCCAUAAUGCAGUUAAAAUAUCACAGGCAGAGGAUAGCAAAAGAUCCGUGCUAUAAGAUACCUCAAAGCGUGUUUCGUCUCCGCCAAGCACAGUUCAAGGACAAACAUAGGCGAACGAAGGAAGUGAAUUGUGUUUAA